AUGAAGAAUAUUAAGGAAUCAGGUACAAGGAAACCAAUAACUAGUCUUGAUGCACAUAUGUAUCUGAAAGAAAUAAAGGAUGCAUUUAAAGAUGAGAAGUACAAGUACAAAGUAUUUUUAAGGGCCAUGAAAGAUUUCAAUUUAAGAAGAAUUGAUAUUGUAGGUGUGAUGGAAAGAGUGGAGAAAUUGUUUCAAAGGCAUACAGAAUUGUUAUUAAAAUUUAAUAACUUUUUGCCAGAUGGAUUUGAAAUCAAACCUUCACCAAAGAAGCCAAAUUUUCCAGUAAUGAAUAAAGAAGAUGCUGACAAAUAUUUGGACAAGGUGAAGACUCGGUUUCAACAUCAACCAUAUGUAUAUGAUUCAUUUGUAGACAUAAUGAUUAUGUAUAAAAACAAAGAUAAGAGUCUCGAAGAGAUUUAUGAAAUGAUUUUUGUCCAGGUUGCUUCACUUUUUAAAGAUCAUCAUGAUCUUGUUGAUGGAUUUACAAAUUUUCUUCUAUAA